AAUUUAAAUCGUCUUUAGUUAUGUACUAUUAUUUUUAGUUUGGUAUAAUUGAUUGUUGUUAACUUGGGACAUUACACUAAAAAUGGCAUCUUCAUCGUCACCAAGGAAACGUAAACAUAGUUCCGAUCAAGAAAACGCGGGAGGUGAUUCCGACUCUGAUUAUUAUGAUGAGGAAGAAGGAGGACAGAGAGUCGACGGAAUUUAUAUUCCACCGCCGACUAAACCAGCGUUAACAUUAGACCCCAACGGACCCCGUUUACUGAUCAUAAAGAUAGUCAACAAUUUCUUCAAGAGCUAUGCUGAAGAACAAGUCCUUGGUCCUUUUCAUAAAUGCUUCAAUGCAAUUGUGGGACCAAAUGGAAGUGGCAAAAGUAAUGUUAUUGAUUCAAUGUUGUUUGUGUUUGGAUAUCGUGCCACCAAAAUUAGGUCCAAGAAAAUCUCUGUAUUGCUGCACAAUUCAGAAAAUCACAGAAAUGUGCAGUCUUGUACUGUGUCAGUUCAUUUUGCAUUAGUUAUAGAUAGAGAAGGAGAUAAUUAUGAUGUUGUACCUGGUAGUGAAUUUGUUGUCUCUCGCACAGCAAACAAAGACAAUUCAUCUUUUUAUACUCUGAAUAACAAGAGAGUGCAUUUUAAGGAAGUUGGAAACCUAUUAAAACAACAUGGCAUUGAUUUACAACAUAACAGAUUUCUCAUCCUACAGGGGGAGGUAGAACAAAUUGCUAUGAUGAAAUGCAAAGCACAAACUGAACAUGAAUCAGGAAUGUUAGAAUAUCUUGAAGAUGUUAUAGGAACUUCCAGGUAUAAGAAACCUUUGACAAAAUUACAUGAUAGAGUUGAACUUCUAAAUGAAAAGAGGACUGAAAAAUUGAACAGGCUUCGAUUGAUUGAAAAAGAAUUGGAAGAACUAAAGGGCCCUAUGGAAGAAGCCAUUGGUUUCUUGAAAACUGAGAACACUAUAGUACAAUGUCAUAAUUUUAUUUAUCAAAAAAAUAUACAACAAGUUCAAGUUCAGUGUGAAACAGCAGAAAAAGAGCUUGAAGAACAUGUCAACAGACAAAAGGAACUGGCUGAAAAAAUAGCAGAAUUUGCCAAAGAAAAAGAAAACAGUGAAAAAUUACUUGAAGAGGAAGCAAAAAAAUAUGAAAGCCUUGAAAAAAGGAAAGAGGGUUUGAAACAAUCUUAUAAUAAGGCCAACAAUAAAGAUGUAGAAUUACAAGAAACUAUGAUACUAACUAACAAAAAUCGUAAAAAAACUAAAGAUUUGCUGGCUGAAGAACAGAAGAAACUGGAAAAAAUGCUGAAACAACCAGAGGAAAGUAAAAAUGGUAUUGAAGAAGCUGAGAAAAAACAACAACAACUUAAAGAAAAGUUAGAAAAAAGUGAGGAGCAAAGAACUAAGUUACUAUCUGCUCUAAGAGAAGAAACAAAAGCACUACAAGAGAAAAGAGAAGAUGUGGAGAAUGAUCUGUUGGUGCUUAAAAAGACAGAAGAAGAGACGAAAUCGGCCUUCUGCCUUGCAGAAUCAGAGUUAAAGAUUUAUAUGAGUAGUGAAGUGACAGAACAAUCCAAAUUGGAAGAAUUGACUGCACUCUACGAGAAAAACGACAAACUCAUUAAGGAACGUUUGGAACAAACCAAACUUUUGGAGAAAAAAAUCCCCGCUACAGAAAAAUCAUUGAAAAAUGCAACUGACGAGUUAAAUGAAGUGCGACUUAAGGAAUCGAAAAUUAUUACUGAAAUCCGAUCCAAAAAGUACAAUCUUGAAGAGAAACGUAACUCUAUGAACGCUUCAAGAUCCAGGGGGAAAGUCUUGGAUUCCUUGAUGCGACAGGCGAGGGAAGGAAAUUGCAAAGGGAUAUUUGGACGAUUGGGUGAUCUUGGAGCAAUAGACCAGAAGUAUGAUGUGGCCAUUUCAACGGCAUGUGGACCAUUGGACAACAUCGUGGUUGACACUGUGGAAACAGCACAGUGGUGCAUCGAAUUCUUAAAGAAGCACGAUAUCGGUAGAGGCACCUUUAUCGCUCUUGAUAAACAGGAACAUCUGGGGGCUCAAGCGAAUUCGAAAAUCAAGACGCCUGAAAACGUACCACGUCUAUACGAUAUGAUUAAGAUACAAGAUGAAAGAGUCAAGACGGCCUUCUACUACGCAUUACAGGAUACUUUAGUAGCUUCAGAUCUAGAACAGGCAUCCAGAAUUGCCUAUGGAAAUACAAGAUACAGAGUCGUCACUUUGAGCGGCGAUCUCAUUGAAACCACAGGUACUAUGAGUGGUGGCGGUAAACAAGUGAGCAGAGGACGAAUGGGUCAGAAGGUGGCUGUGUGUAAUAUUGAUCCUAAAGAAUUAGAGAAUUUAGAACAAGAAGUAGAGGGAAUGGAAGAUACCGUGCGUCAACUAAGACGUAGAACGGUUGAACUUGAGGAUCAAAUUGCCGUAUUGGAGCCGGAACUGCGAAGGAUGAAAAUCGACCAAGAGAAGUUCACAAUAGAAAUAAAGUCUCUUCAAGAGCAACAUCCAUCAAUUGCAAGACAACUUAAAGAUCAGAAAGAAAAAGCUAAAUCUGCGAAGUCUGAUCCCGCCACGGUUAAAAAGCUCACUGAUGUUGUGGAAAAGAAGAAGGCGGCGUAUGACAAGGCAAUGGAAGCCACGGGAAAACUUCAAGAAGUUGUCGAUCAGCUUAAUAAAGAAAUCAAACAAAAGACUGCUGGAAAAAUGAAUGCUGUAGAUAAGAGCAUAAAAGAAGCAAAAACGGGAAUUGAUAAAUGCAAGACGGAAAUUACAAGGCUGAGAGUUGCAAUGAAUUCAGCUGCCAGGAAUUCUGAAAAAUCUAAAGAAAAAAUAGCCACAAUGCAAGCUGACAUUACUGAUAUGGAAAAUCGGUUAACUCAAAUGAAGAAGGAACGAGAUGAGGUAGAAGAAGACGCAGCCAAACUACUAACGUGCCUUAAUGACGUUACUGAGCAACUUGAAUCUGCUGAAGAAACUUACAAUGAGGUGAAAAAGAAUAUGGAUAAGUUGAAUAAGCAGGAUAUGAAGUUUAAAUCGGAACAAAUUGAUGUGGAUGAAAAGGUGAAACAAUCCAAUAAGGUUGUUAGCGAUAUAAAGGCUACAAUUCAUCAGUGGGAGGUGAAGAUAUCAAAAUUGAAACUUCAAGAGAUACCGGAUAAACCAAUUGAAGAAUUAAAGAAAUUUUCCGAAGAAGAACUUGAUGAGAGAUCAUUAGAAUCGGUACAAAAGGAACUGGAAAAAGCCGAACAAUUUUUAAAAGCGGCUCAACCAAAUUUAAGUUCGAUUCAAGAAUAUAAGAAAAAGCAGUUGAUAUUUGUGGAGAGAUCCAACGAAUUAGAAGGCAUCACCAGUAAGAGGUUGGAAAUGAGAAAACUUUAUGACAACUUAAGGAUACAAAGAAAAGAUGAAUUUUUAACUGGGUAUAAUAUUAUAAAACUCAAGUUAAAGGAAAUGUACCAAAUGAUAACUUUAGGGGGUGAUGCAGAUUUCGAAAUGGUUGACUCCUUUGAUCCCUUCACUGAAGGCAUCCAGUUUAAUGUGAGACCACCAAAAAAAUCUUGGAAAAAAAUCGAAAAUUUAUCUGGAGGUGAAAAAACGUUGUCUUCAUUAGCUCUGGUAUUUGCUCUUCACUACUAUAAGCCAUCGCCUCUGUACGUUAUGGAUGAAAUCGAUGCUGCUUUAGAUUUCAAGAAUGUUUCAAUUGUGGGUCAUUAUAUUAAGGAACGCACAAAGAAUGCUCAGUUCAUCAUUAUCUCAUUACGUUCAAACAUGUUCGAGCUGUGCGACAACCUUGUUGGUAUCUAUAAAACUUACAACUGUACGAAGUCGAUUACCAUUGAUCCAAGAGAACAGGAAAAAGCUGAUGAACCACAGGACCAAGUUGUUCCGCAAUUUGAAGAUCAAGUGGGUGUUUCUUCAGAUGAAACUGAAGGCGAUAAACAACCCGAAGAUAAAACUAAUAAAACCGUAAAUCGAAACGACUCGAACGAGUUGACGGCUAGCAAAAGCAAUAUGGAUGAACAACUAAAUACCAGCAUUGCCGAUUCUUUUAUUGAUGAAGAAAUGGAAGUAGAUGAUAGCUCAAGUUGAUCGAGUUGACUUUUUAUACUAUACAAACUCUUUCACUUUUAUCAUUUUACUUAUUUUAAGUGUACUAUCAGGUACAUAAACACAUAAGAUAGUGUAUAUGAAACCAAUUAAUUUUUGUAGUUUCAUUAUUUUUAUUACAGUACCAGUUUAUUAAUUUUAAAUCUAAUUAUGAUAAAUAAUUUGUAAUAUAUUCAUAUUUUAGUUAAUUCAAAUAAGUUUCAUUUUUACAAUAUUAUAUAUUUUUAUAAUAAAAUGUGAAAUAUAUUUUAUGAAAUAAAAAACAAAGAGUGUGGUUGA